AUGGUUCUUCCAUUUGAACCCUCCAAGCCCGUUAGAUUCUACGGCUCAAGCCUCCCUCGUCCUCGAAUCCACGUCAACUCAGACGGUAGCGACCGCGUAGAUCCUCCUCUCUCCGUCACUGGUCCACUGAUGUCGUGGGCCGAAGAAGCCCACUGGUCCAUGGGCGGGCUCAGCUUCAAACGCCUCCGUCUCAUGGGUAAAAUCGAAGGCAAUGUUGAGAAACUCCGUACUCAACGCGAGAAAGAGUUUAACGCUUAUACUCAAGCUCAUACCAAAAGCCCUAGCUCUGAUCUUCGCAGGUCCAAGGUUUCUAAGGGUUCUGCUUCUCCUUCGCCUUCACCACCGCCUGCUCCGUUUGCGUCAAAGCGCCGUAGGCUUGAAACUCUUCUUGAGGAAGAAGAGGAGGAGGUUAGGGUUUCGGGUCCUGUGAGCCGUGGAAGGCGUUUGGUGAAGAAGCUUGGUGAUGAUUUCGAUCGAGUUGCUUCUCCGGUGAAAAAGCGUGCUACUGAGGUGGUUGUUGCUGAUCCGGUGGCUGCUCCGGUGAAGACUCCGCGUCGGAGAUUGGUUAAAAUUGGUGAUGCUGUGAAGAAGGUUGCUGAAGCGAAGAAGGUUGUUGUAGAGGAAGAUAAAACCCCUGUUUCUGGGAUUAGGGUUAGAACUUCUUCCAGAUUCGUUAAGACUAGGGCUAAUUAG